AAACAACAUACAAACUAUAAAAGAAUAAACAACAGUACUAACAAAGAAUAAAAUCAAAUACAAAAAAUGCAAAGAAAAAGAAUAAGAGCUUAGAAUAACAUGAUAUUGCAGUUAUCGUUCACUCAGAUUUGGUACUGAAUUAAACCUAUUUAUUUGAAUUAUGCUUGGUUUAGUGCUGAAUACUGAAUAACAUUUUGAAAGAAUGGCAUGAUGUUUAGCAAUAAUCAGAUAAUUUAAAAAAAAAAAUGGAAACAGAAGUGGAGAAACAAAUCAAUAUGUACUAAAUUAAUAAACCAUGGAGGGAAACAUGCUGAUAACAUACAAGUCUGGUGUCACAUGGGGCCACAAUUGAUGUGCAAGAAACAAGAAUUUGUAUGACAAGAAUAAAAGAUGUAAAAGGAGUAUGUACCACAUUGAUGUAAAAGGAGUAUGUACCACAUUGAUUAGUCUGCAAAACGAUUUUCUCAAAACCAAAAACACCAAACGAUUGGGUCAAAUCGGUUCUUACAACUCAUCGUCAACGUAAUGGUUAAAUUAAUGCAAAACACUAAUGGUGUUGCCCAAGUGACUAAAUGUACAUGUGCAUGCCUCAGCAGGGUAUCUCAAGAUCAUGCAUAUCAGCUGAAAAUUUAAUGCCUGGGAAGUGAAUCAUUCGAUAUUUUAGGCAAGCCUAGUAAGACAGCGAAAGGAGUACUCUUUGAUGUUAAUGCGUCACUCAAGGUGCAAUCGAGGUAUCGAGUACUAUCCAGUUUAACAAAUAGGCGUGAACUAUGAACAAAUCUUUAUUUAUGAUGGAAACAAAAUAAGCAAACGUUAUGCCUUUUUUCACAUCUAGCCCUCGGGCUACUUAGUGGAAAUAAAAAAUAUUACGUAAAUUCCGAAAAAGAUGAUAAAAAACAGAACAAUUAUAACAUGUACAAACAUCAUGUUGAUAGGUUUUGUUCUAGCAACAGGUGGUACAUGUCAACUUUCGUCGGUAUGAUUAAGCAGGGAAGGGCGCUUCUGUAGGUAAGAAAGAACUGAGUGUAGCGUUAAGUUGUUCCAUUAGUAAAAUGCCUUUAAUAAACAGCGUAAUAAGGAUAUUUCAGGUUUUUUUUUCAUAGAUUGUUCCAUUUUUUCUGUUCGAUCCUUCUGAAUGCUAAGAAAAGGGAAAGAAAAUUUCAGCAUCUUUGAAAGCAUAAAACUAAUAAAAACUCCUCUUCUUGAUUACUAGCAUGCUUACAAAAUUUGUGGGCGUGUAGUCAAAGCUAAAGGUGUGGCAUAUUAGUCACUGUAAAGUGUAAACUGAUAUUACGGACGUUGGAGCUGAUGCUAUCAUGGCGCAGCGAGUUAUCUGCGUUGGUAAGUGAGAGUGAUCUCCCCAUUAUUCGUCAACAUGGGCAGGAAAGGGGAGGUGCGAGCACGUAAAGCAAUGCCAGACGUCUCGGCAUGAAAAUGGACAACUGUUUGACGGGAGGACUAGAAAGAAUGCAUUUGUGGUGAACUUGUCUAGCUGGCCUGGACACGGAAAUCUUCUCAAAGAUAAUGGAGGAAGACCUCAAGGCAGAGCUGACCUGUCCUAUUUGUAUGGACCUGUUUGAGGAGCCACGUCGCUUGCCAUGUGGCCACGUGUACUGCAGAACUUGUCUGCAUGACAUGUUGACCCGCAAAUACCUCCAUGUGCGUUCCGGGGAAUGCAUUCUGUCAUGCCCAGAGUGCCGACAGCAGUAUGAUCUGACUUUCCGACAUGAAGGCGUGGAUGUGUUUCCUCGUGACUUCAAGUUGGUUCGUUUGGUGGAGCUAUAUCAGCGCCAGGUUUGCACCACUAGUGCAGCCGGUAGUGCUGGAAUUGAUGAGGAUGACCAGACAGCAGUCAAGAUUCCAUUUACUGCUGACACCACUCAUCUUCCUUCAGCAUCUAGCUCUGCUGAUAGAUUUGCCACUGCCCAUCUUCCUGAGAACCAGGGUCCUCAGCAGUAUGUGGAAAAUGGACUUCCUUCUUUGGAGAGUCCGGCUCUAAGUCUUUCUGAUGACUCUUGGAUUUACUCUGCAGAGGGCAACCAUUCUCGCCCGGAAGCAGCCUAUAUUUCCCAUGAAAGAGGAGACGAGAGCUGGCUGCUUCCAAGCAGUCCUCAUCCCAGGUUUCCAGUUGAUCUAGAACAUGAAAGGAGGAGAAGUUUUCACACACUUGGUGGACCAGCAUAUGCCAGUGUUAUGGGAGUUGUUUCUGGGACUUAUGAGAAUGGUAUAGAUGAAGAUUCUAGAAGAUUGCCAGGGGAAGAUGGUGUCACCCACACAGCUCAUUUCUGCACAGUGGCAACCAUAAGCAGACGUUCACCAAGCAGUGAUGACUCAGAAAGCGAUUACAGUGACGAACGUGGAGAUGAUGGGGAGGUCAGUGAGUCCGAGUCUGAGGAUAGCACUCAGUGUCACAACCGCCGAUCUCGACUUACACGGUUUUUCCGUUCUCUAGUGGUCUCUGACACGGAUUCAGAUGUUGAUGAACUUGAAGAAAAUCACCUCAAUACGACACAUCCGCACUAUCAAGCAGAAAGCCUGCAGCAACAUCAACAGCACUUCUCCAAUGGGACUGCUGGAGUGGUUGCAUACCAAGAACACAGCAUGGCAUUUGCUGCAGGGAAUCCAGCUCCCAACAUGAGCAUCAGAUAUUUUGCACCUGGUGGCAUGCAAGCCAUACCUGGUUACCCAGGAAGCGCAGGUGAUGAACCUCAGCAGAUGUUGCAGUCCAUUCCAGAUGAGAAUGCAGGCCAUACAGGCAAUGGAAGCAGCAGUCAAAAUGAUAUUUUCCAUCCUCAAGCAGUGAAUGAAAACUACAUGGCAGGCCAUUCCUCAAACAUCUUUUCUGCCAAUCCGGAAGAAGCAACUUUGAACCAUCCUGACCCCAUGCUAGUGUUCAAUGUUGUCCCUCAGUCUUUGGUAGCUGGAGGUGGCGAUGUGGCACCAGCAAUGUCAGGAAGACAAGUGAUCGAGGUUGACAGUGAUGACUCAGAAGAUGACUGUGAACCACAGACAUCCAUGCUUCGACCACGACGUAAACCUUCAUCUCGGCUAAAGAAGUUCUUCACAUCUCUGCUGUCCCUUUCAUCAUCGGAAGAUGAGGAGUCUCCAGCUGUACCUUCAGUACAGAUGCCAGAGUGACAUAAUGGAGACGUAAGGAGCCAGUCUGAAAGCUACUGGUCAAGAAUGUACAAGACUUUAAGACUAAUUAUACAAUUCAAGUUGUAUAAUUGAUUCUAGUGUCAUGGACCAAUACUUACUACAUACAAUAAAGUUGUACAAUG